CCCAAGACAGUCGCAACUUUGUGGCUUUCCAACUCCGAGGAAGUCCUUUAAUGGUUUUCUUUUUACGGUUCUACCAUUACAUUUAAUCGACGGACGUUUGUCGGAAUACAAAGCAGCACAUGAAGAGGAUUUAAAAUAAAUAAUAAGUUGGUUAUUACUGCGUCUGAGCACCGGUGCUGGUGUGUGAGAGGAGAGAUGGGGGAUCCGGAGCCUCCAGAGUUUGGGUCCCUGGAGGAAGAGCUGGAGCACUGGAAGGACCAGGCUGCCAGACUACAACAAAGUGCGGAGGAGGCCCAGGAGGAGCUGCAGGAGUUUCAGCAGAUGAGUCGGGACUACGAGGUGGAGCUGGAGACGGAGCUGAAGCAAUGCGAGACGCGAAACCGUGAGCUUCUGUCCACCAACCACCGCCUUCAUAUGGAACUGGAAAACUACAAGGAGAAGUAUGAGACGCAGCACUCGGAGGCCCACCGGCAGAUCUCCACCCUGGAGGGGGACCUGGCGGAGACCACCGCCGUCAGAGACCAGCUCCAAAAAUACAUCCGAGAGCUGGAGCAGGCCAACGACGACCUGGAGAGGACCAAGAGGGCGACCAUCAUGUCUCUGGAGGACUUUGAGCAGAGGAUGAACCAGGUCAUAGAGAGGAACGCCUUCCUGGAGAGCGAGCUGGAUGAGAAGGAGAACCUGUUGGAGUCCGUCCAGAGGCUGAAGGACGAGGCCAGAGACCUGAGACAGGAGCUCGCCGUGCAGCAGAAACAGCAGGUUCAGGACAGGAAGCCGUCCUUCAGCAGCGCCAUCAGAGAUCCUUCCUCCUCCUCCUCAUCUUCAGCCUCGGCGGGUUUGGGUUUGCCCACCCCUCCCCUCACCCCGGCAGACAAACGACCGGAGGACAAAACCACGUCUCCGUCCUCCAACCAGCCCGUCCCCUCUUCCACAACGACGCCAUCCAGACCUCCAGCCUCGUCAGAGUCCUUCAGCUCCACACCGCUGUCCGUCAGCAGAGGAGAAAGCCUCUCGGGGAAUCCUCUCACCAUGUCGGCGAGAAUCUCGGCUCUUAACAUCGUCGGAGAGCUGCUGAGAAAAGUCGGGAACCUGGAGUCCAAGCUUGCGUCGUGUCGUGAUUACGUCAACGAGCAGACGGCGAGCCGCAGAGGCCAGGCUGGUGGACAGGGGGCGCCGUCGGGACAGAACAACUCCUCAGAGACUCACUCUACCAACGGGCUCUACAACAAGGGGCUGGUGAAGAGGUUGGACUUCGGAGCCGGACCCAAGCUGCUGCUGUGAAAGUGAAACGUCCUUAAAUCCUCCUCUGGGCUCCUCUACGCCUCCCCGUCUCCUCCAGUCUGGAUUUAACGGUACUGUGUGUUGCACGUCGUACGGGUCAAUUGGCAGAACACGGACCACUGGAUUGAGAUACGGUUGCUAUGGAUACUUUGGGAUGUCUGUUAGCAGCUCCAGUCUGCACAGGAAGAGUUUUUGUUUGUUUGUCAGCAGGACUUUUUCAGCACUUAGUCCUGGACUAACUUAUUGGACUCCUUUGCUUUUUCUUUGUAUCUUUUUUUGUGUAUUGAGACUGAACAUGAAGCGACUUUAAGAGACAGCGAGGUUACGAUUACGGUUUAUUAUGAAAAGACACUGAUGGGUGCAGGUUUAGACAUUCAAGGUGCAAAUAACUUAACUUAAAUAGUGUUUUACUCCAAUGCAUGAAGGGUUUUCCUUCACUUUACUGUAGCGAAGGAUGAAUCUGUCACAUAAAUGCACAUUUUUAAGUAUGAUCACAAAUGUGACCCGAUUAAUCUUUGUUUUCCAAAUUACAGAAUCACGGCCAGCAUGGUGAGCCCGAAAGUUCCGUCACAAAUAGUUCACUGAUAAAAAAUGUUUUUACAUGUCAAAGGAUUUUACAAAAAGGGUCAAUUCGUUUUUAGAUGCUUUAGAAACACGAGGUCUUCAUUUUUUUUUUUACAUUUGAGUAAAUAUUUUGCAGCCAAAUCAAUUUUUUUAUAGAAUAAACAACCUUUGUUUCUUUAAUACAUUUAAGACUUGACUUGAUUCUUUACAGGGUUUGUAUAAAGGUGAAGUAUUCCAGGAAUAUGAAAUAUGAGUUUAUAUAAUUCGUCCUCUGCAUUGUGGAGGUUGGUUUAUAGCUUUUUGCCGGUUACACAAAAGUGAAAACCUAAACAUCUGGAUCGCCCCCUGGUGGCUAGUUUAGGAAGCGCUUGAUUUCAUAUGCAGAGGAGCAUUUUAAAACUUCAAUAUCACAGUCGAUCAUGUUCAUUUAAACGUGGGAAGUCAAAAUCAUAAUUAAUAUUCGGUUAAUGAUGCAGCGCUAUGCAAACGCCAAACAGAUAAAGCUGGUUCCACGCUGGCAUCACCAUAAACGUCACCGCUGUCGGGCAACGUACAACUUUAAAUGUGUUUAAAAACCGCAACCGACCAUACCACUCAUUCUGCCUUUAACCUUCACUCUUUAUUAUUGUCCGUUACUUUUCUGGUGAAGUUUACUUUGGAUAUUUAUGAUCCCCAGAGGAUGCUCAAUUUCUCUGGCUUCAUCAGGCCAAACCAGGCAGCAGAAGCCAAAGCUUCAUGUGUUAAAGCUGCAUUCUCUCUAAUGUGCAUCAGGGGGCGACUCCUCUGGUUGUAUAGAAGUCUAUGAGAAAAUGACUCUACUUCUCUCUUGAUUUAUUCCCUCAGUAAACAUUGUAAACAUGAGUUUAUGGUCUCAAUCUCUAGUUUCAAGUCUUCUUCAAUACAGCAUGAUGUUCAUUUAGUAGAUUAUGGUCCAUUUAGAGUCAAAUAGACCAUAAAGCAGGGUAUGCUUUAGGGCGGGACUACACACUUAUUGACAGGUCGACUCCAGAGACGUAUACGGCGUCUCUACGUCACUCCUCCUCAGUCCAAAUAUGGUCACUUCUGUUCAUUGAUUGCAAAAAAACAACAUGAUGUGGCGACAUAAUCCAAGAUGGCGAUGGCAAAAUCGCCAAACUUCUGUUAGCAUUACUCUAGGGACGCCUACACUUCUAGCUCCACUCUUGAUAAGAAUAUAAAAACAUCAGCGUGUUGUUCGUUCUGUCUAAUACUUUGAUACUUUGUGAUGAAACGAUCAUCGACUUCCGACUGAAUUCAGAGCUCUACUUCUGUCUCUACAGGAGUGAAAAAACGUGAGAUAUGAAUACUUCAGUGAAGGCUACUUGUGUUUUAUGUUAAAAGAAAAAAGGAUGUAAUAGGUUUUAUUUACUGUAUCAAAGACGUGGAAACUAUUUGAGGUUUUGUGUGUUUUGUGUUUUUUUGCCUUAAGAGCACUGACAUGCUCACAAACAAAGAGUCUUCAGUGCUGCUUAUGUUUCUGAAAAAGCAAUAAAACUUGAAAUGUUUAA